AUGGACAGUGAAGAAGACAGGGGUUACAAGAAAGAAGAACAGAUGAUGCUAUUUCAGGUGAUCUAUUGUUCCCUUGGGCAUCCUCCCCUAAAACUCACAUCCUCAGUGCAUGUGAAUACAGUGGAGGAGGGUGGAUACUCUAAUUUAAAUCACCUGCCACAGCAUCCAGCCAGACACCACAUGUCCCUAAACAUCAACCAAGGGAAGGUUUCUCUUCCCUUUGCUGUAUGGUGGCCAGUUAUCUUCACUUUGUCUGUACUGUGCCUGGCCCUCACCAUAGGAACGACAGUCCUAGGUCUCAGUGAUUCUAAAGCAUCUGUGGAACAUAAUGAAAACUUACAAGGACUAAAAGAGAAAUUUUGCUUGAUGAGUGAUCCAACCAGUAAGAAUGAUCAUAAGUACAACUACUGGCCCGCAUGUUCACUCUGCCCUGCAAACUGGAAAUGGUUCGGAGGCAACACCUGUUUCUACUUUUCAGUAAAAGAGGCCACAUCGUAGGAAAGCGGAGACUUUUGUUUCUCACAGAACGCCACCCUUCUUAUGCUGAAAAGGAAAAGCAAGUUG